GAUGGCGGAGAGGGAGGCCUCGCGCGCUGGAGGGGGCCCACGCAGCUCCAGAGAAUUGAACUCAUGAAAUGGUAUCAAAAUUGAUGUAGAAUGGCACGUUGGCAGAAGAAGGAUUCUUGCUGACUGAAAAUCAGAUCCUUUGCUAUCAGGAUGCAGAAAUCUCCUUUCUAUGUUCCCAUUGUGAGCAGUGCGACCCUCUGGGAGAGAAGCAAAUUGCGUGCAAAUCCCAGCGCUCAUUCUGAAAGAACUGCUUUGCCCUGUUCCAGAUUCAUUAAUCAUAUGAAGAAUUUCUGUGAAUCUCAUAAACUUAAUAGUAUAAAUUUUCUACAUUUUCCAGUGCUUCCAGGUAGCGCCCAGAGUCCAGUGGCCUUUAAAAAACUACUCUGUACGCACAAGUAUAUGAUUCCCAGGUCUCCUGUAAGUACAACCUCCUCUGAAGACGAAAGCUAUGGAGACUGCUGUCCCACCCCUACACCAUCCAAUGAAGGGGAUGCAUCCCCACGAAGCUCCAAUGUCAAAGGAAAAGUUAAGAAGUCAGACCGAAGAGUGUCUAACCAGGCCUGGAGCAGUCCGUUUUUGGAACAGCAAAUGGCAAAAAGGCCCAUUUUACAGCAUUCAGUAACUCCCAUUCACCUGGAGGCUGUGGGUGUACAUUUCAAAAGACAUAGGAAACCUCAAAACCAGUCCUCGGACAGAUCCCAAGGAGAUUCUGGGACAGCUGCCCGACCUUUUACUGCCAUCGGCCUCUGCGGGAACUACACCUCUGUCGCCCAGCCAAGCGUCUGGCGGAGUUGCUCAGACCCCCAGCUGGAGGAGAGGAUGGCAGCCCGGGCACACCCGGAUUUCCAACGCCAACUCCUAGGCGUCUACGGAAAUGCAGCAAGAAGAAGCACGGUUGCCAUGGCGCCAGAGACGCUCCGGAAGCAUCCUCCUGUGGAAAGGAGGCCGAGGGCCGAUGCCUCCUUCCGUGGGAGUGUGGCAGGAGUGCCCCUUCUGCUUGCGGGUGCUUCCACCCAUACGACCCCCAAGAGGUUAAUCAAGGUUUGCUCCUCGGCACCGCCCCGCCCACCCCGGCGUUUCCAUACGGCUUGUUCACAGGCCCUUUCCAGGCCGGUGGUGAAUGCCCAGUUCCUCUAG